ACCCCCAAGAACUCUUUCGCGAGAUACGGGCGUCCCCUCCUGAUCUGACCUCCUCCGAAACGGACGCCGUUCGUCCCAACAUCCUGUGUGUGACUCAGACCUCCUCCCUCCCCCGCCCUGUGCAAAACAUCCAAGCGCCCUUAGGAUACUUUCCUCCGGCCCCUGCGAGAAGGAUUUUUUUUUUUUUUUUUUUUGGUUUUUCAACUUAGUUCCAGCAGGACUCUAAAGGGAUCCUUUGGCGAGGACGGCCGAAGGAUUCUUACGCGCGCCAAACAGGAUUUCUCUUAGCUGGUGUUUUCAAGGAAGGACAAGUGGAUUCCUCAAGCGUCGAGGCUAUGGGUGGGAAGGCAAAAUGGAGGAAGCUGAAACGGGUGGUAGGACCAGCGCCCCAGGGGUCGCAGGCACCGGCUAAGCAGCACUUCAAGAAGGAGAGGACAAAGACGCGGGACGCGAAGCGUCGGAGAAUGGGCGACGGAGGAGAGGAAGAAGACGACGAGGCGGAUGCAGCGGCAGAUGGCUCCAAGAAGGAGCCCAAGUCACCGAAGGACCCCUCAAUCAAAUCAUCGACCAAGAAGGGACAGGAACCCUCCAAGGGCCGCACUCAAACACCAGCCAAAGCUGCAGCAAAGCCAAGUGAUGCAGAAGCACUGACAGAGGAUAAGAAGGAACCGGAGGCAGUAGACGCAUCAGAAACCAAAGCACCUGAUUUGAUACAGGAAGCUAAUGGUCUUGGAGAGCCGCCAGAAGUCAUGGUGACUGAUCUCGAUAAGGACCUCGAUGCACCUCAAGCAGAAGGACUUGAAAAGCCGAAGAGCGAAGAAAUGCUGAAGGAGGAGAUACGGGAGGCUACAGAGGAGGAAGCUAAAGAAGAAGCCAAAGAUGGUGGACCUGUAAAGGAACUUAAGAUCAAUAUUCUUGAAAGUCCCAGUCAAGAAAUAGCAAAGGAAUUAACACCUACUCAGAAGUCUACUCAGACUGAUGCAGUGAAUAUGAAUAAUGUAGAGAAACCAGUGAAAUUCUUCAUCUCGGAUGACAGCGACAGCGAUACUGCCAUAUUUGUUGACGCAAACCAAGGAGCUCUAAAUGGAGCAAAUGGACAGCCCCAAGGAAAUGCUGUGAUCAGUCCUACAAAAGAGGCAGACAUUGCAAUCAACGCAGUUAUUGAUGUUGGUGGUGAAUCCACAGUAGAAGUUACUGUUGAAGGACAGGAUAUUGAGGUCGGAAUUGAAGAAGCUAGUGGAACUCAGGUAGAUGGAAGUAUAGAAGGCACUGCUGUAACACAGCUCAUUGAUGUAGAACCAAGUGAGUCCCCAAAGACUAGCACAGUACAGAGAGCAAGAUUUCUACCAUCUUUGGCACAGCCAGUCAAAACAGAAACCCAGAAGAUGCAUGCAAAUUUACGCAGGCAUGGCCAGAGCAAAUUGGCCUUUGAUCCUCUUGCAGAAGGAGAUAAUGUAAGUCGAUCCUCUGCUAGUGAUUCAGUAGAAACUGUAUCUGCGACCAGAUCUUCAGUCAGUGAUCUUGCUGACCAAGAUAACAUCAGCAAGACCUCCACAAGUGAAUCAGCUGAUCAAGAUGGACAACGAAAAUGCUCAACAAGUGAAUCAGUUGACCUUGAUACUACAAGUGUUACUUCUGAAUCAAUUGAGCAUGAAACUGUAAGUAAAGUCUCUGUUACAGAAUCAGCUGAGCAAGAAACAAUGACAAUGUCAGAAUCAGCUGAUGCUGCAAGUAAGAUGUCAACAACCAUUGAGUCUGCUGAACGGGGGACUAUUAGUAAAUCCUCUACCAGAGGAUCAAUAUCGGCAUCAGAAUCAGCUGAACCAGAUGCAACAAGCAGAACUUCUGUCAGUGAAUCGGCAGAGGGCCAGAGCAAGACUUCCUACAGUGAGUACGAGGAAGCUGAGGGAGUCACAAGAACAUCUGCAAGUGAAUCAGGAGAACCAGAUAGCACUAGUAGGACAUCUGUCAGUGAAUCUGCGGAAUUUGAUGGUACAAGUAGAACUUCAGUGAGUGAAUCUGCUGAGGAACAAAGUAAAACUUCUGCAAGUGCAACUGGGACCUCUACCAGCGCCACAGGAGAAUAUGUAACAAGUAAAUCCUCCGUGAGUUAUUCUAGUGAAUUUGACGCCGAAAGCUUAUCUUCAACAGCAGAUCUCUUGACUCCUAAAGAAGAAGUAUCACUUACUGCUGAUGGGAAAGCAGAGCAAGGACUAGAUGAUUCAUCAAAGCUUGAUAAGGAAUCACCAACUCUAACCUCUGACACUCAAGAUAAAAUUGGGGAACGUCCUUCCUCCCCUGCUUGGGAGGAGCUAAAUUUAGAAGAUAACAUGCAGCUCACAGAGGAGGGAGUGAUUUCUGAGGAGUCUCCUGUAAAAGGCGACAAGAAAGAAACAGAAGCAGAUGCGGAGAGUGUGUUUUUCAGUCUCUACCCAGAGUACCAGCCAGGUGAGAUAGAUGGCAGUCAGGAUGCAGCAGCAGAUAUUACUGAAGGCAAUCCAAAAGUCCUAUGUUUUCGAGGCCAAACCUCAGAACAAAGUGAAACUCAAGAGGAAAUUUACAUGGCGGCUGAGAAGAGCGGAAUCAAAGAGGGAAGAAACAAAGGCACCGUCUCUGGAAAAAUCCAUCAGCUUCAACGCAAACUCUCCACACAGAAGAAGCCUGAGAGAGAGGAUAAGGAAGUCGCUGAGCCUGAGGGACCUGCGGCACAACAGGGUGGAGCCGACAGCUUCGAGCAACAGGACGCUGCCGAACAAAAAUCUGAAGGAAGUCCAAAAGAAGGUGGAUCAGAGCCCUCCCCUGACUCCGCCCGAGGGAAAUCACUGUCCGAUGUUCUUGACAGUACCACUCCCCCUUCCACUACCCCGCCCGCUGAUGAUGCAAAGAAGGCAGAGCACGCCAUCGGCACGAAGGAGGACAACUUGGUAUGUAUUGCUGGACAGCUCGGAGAAGGAAUCGAAAAGCUAGCAGAUGCAGCAGAAGCUGUUGUUGAGAACAUCGCAGAACUUGUACAAUCUGAUGUAAAGCCAUCUGAACUUAUUGCAGAGAUAGGGCAGGAAGCAAUGGAAGGGGAGAGUAAACUAGAAGGCAAUGCAAAGGAUCGCAAAACUUUGGUGGGGAAGGCAAGAGAUUGGAUCAAGGGCGUAACAAGGAUGGGUGCCAAAAAGGAGGAUACUAAUGGCAAAUUAAAUGACAAGCCAGAUGCAAAGAAAACAGAAGCAGAUUCUAGAAGUGAAGCAGCUUCUACCGAUGAAACCGAGCAAGUGAAAGAUGAAAAACAAACACCAGAGCAAGAGGAAUCGCCUCCUGUAGCAGCAGAAGUAUCUGAAGAAGAGAAGCAAAGUGGUGAAAGCGACAGCACUGCCACAAAAGACAAUGGAAUAUCCCUUGAGGAGCAGGCUGCAGAAACUGAAAGUGCCGAAAACAUCUCAAAAACUGACGCCAAAGCUGAACUUAUGGAGGAUUUGCUAGGAACUGAACAAGAGAAGGGAGAAACGGAACCAACAAAAGAAUCUCCAACAGACGAAGGUCAACAGGAACAAGAGAAGCCUGAAGAAACAGAGCCUGAAAGUAAGGAAGAAGGUUUGUUUGAUAUAGUCGGCCCAGAGGAAGAACUAUCUGAUACUGUGUUUAAAGACGAUACCGUUGAUGAAGCCGGAAAAGGUAAAGACUCAGACGACACUGAAGUACCUGAUAUGAAAACAGAGGAAUCAGCAGGCACAGAGGAAGAAAAAAUUAUCACUCCUGACAAAGUAUCCCUGACUGAGGCUCUGGAACCUACGGAGCAGCCAGCUGAAGGCGUUGAGGAAGAAAGUAAGGAGAUUACAGAAACUGGAGAUGAGAAAGAAGUCAUAACAGGAAAUGGAAAGCAGGAUACUGAGGAAGCUGAAACCAAGGAAACUGAACCCCAAUUUGUCUCAGCAGAGGAGGGUAACGAAGUAGAAGGAAUUCCGGUCACACAAGAAGUCAAAGCUGAAGCUACCCAAGAAACUGUAGAGAAACGAAGAAAAGGCACCAAAGAUGAAAAAUCCCGCCGCAAACGACAUGAUAAGUCGAAAUCUAAGUCACCGCAUGCAGAAGGAGAGAAAGAAGAAAAGGCUUCCAAAAAAGAUAAGGAAGGAAAAAGCGCGAGUAAAAAGCGUCGCCACAGAAAACGAACGAAAAGUCAAGAGGACCCAGCCCAGGCUCCUGAGGAACCAAGGCCAGAAGAUGUUCCUCUUCCACCUGAUGAUUUUGAAGCAGAACCUUCUCCAGAAAGAAAGCCUGACAAGGAAGCAAAGGAUCAAAACGGGAAGGAAGGAGAUCUGACAGCGAAAGAUGAAGCUAUAGAAGAAACUCCACCUGCAGAGAAGAAAAAAGUAUCUAGUAAGUCAAGAGAAAGAAAACAUUCUAAGAAAACUGAAGAGAAGUCAGGAGAGGUGACAGCAACUGAGCAUAAACGCCAUUCAAGGAGUAAGAGGGAAAAAUCUUCUGAAUCGAAGCAUGAAAAGAAAGAUAAGGAAAAAUCAGAAAAGGAUACGCAGAGGAGCAAAGACGUCUUUGAGUCUCCAAGAGAAAAAUUGCAAGGUGAAGGCGAAGUACAGCCUUCAACGUGGAGUCCACGUGUUGAUAGGAAAGAGCGAAAAAGUCCAAGAAAAACUAGUGAACGAAAGCGAGAGGGUCACUCUACUGACAAACCCAAAAUUCCAAAGGAAAAGAAAGAGGAUGUGGAACCACAAACAUCUGAGAAAGCUAUAGAUGAAGUAUGCGAUGAUGAAUCAGCUAAAAAAUCACCCAAGCCAGUUAAAAAAAAGUCAAAGAAACCACCUGAAUUAUCACUGACAAUAACAGAACCCAGGGAUGAUACACCAAUUCCCUCACCAAAAUCACUGUCUCAGGAAUUUAAGUUAGAUGCAGGUGGAGAGCAAACAUCUGAAGGGAAACAAAAGGAAGCACCAUCAACAGGAACUCAGCCUCUUCUCCAGACAUUAAGUUUUCCUCCAGGGGUAUCAAAGCCACUUUCUCCCCUGCCACCUACAAAAGAACUGAAAUUCCCACCAGGCAUUUCCAAACCUCUGUCUCCCUUACCAACAAAAACUCAUGCACCUAAACCUAUUCCUGCACCACUGGUUUUAAAACCUGACUCUGAACUUAUUGUACCCCCUUCUCCGCUGAAAACCUUAACAUUCCCAGAAGGCGUCACAAAGCCUAUAUCACCCCUUCCUAAAAAGAUUCCCCAAGCCAUACCAAAGCAAGUAUUCUCUUCCUUGGAUGCUGAGAAACCAUUACCAUAUCCUGCUAAGCCAGUAUCUCCACUGAAAAUGCUUCAUUUCCCAGAGGGAAUACCUAAACCAAUUUCUCCAUUAACCAAAAAGCCUCAGGAGCCAGCUUUCACAAAGCUUACAGCCACACCAAAGACUUCUCUGCCAGAUAUUGCUGACAAAGACAUUAAGGCUGAACCAGAUAAAGUUGAUGCCCCAGUUGUAAAAGAGGAGGCUGAAGAAGCACCAGCAGCAACGUCUGUGACAAAGAAGCCUAGGCCCCGCAUAACGAUACCGAAGCCAGAGGCUGCUUCGUCUCAGGCAGCGCCAGCUUCCCCUGAGCCAAGUAAACCAGCUUCUCCUUUCACUCUGAAAUUUCCUGAAGGCAUUUCCAAACCUGUGUCACCCGACCCUCAAAAAAGUGAACAACCCAUUUUCAAGCUUGCUGAGAAAACUGAAAAAUUAAGUCCAGAGGCUGUCCCAGUGCCAGAUUCUACUAAAAAGGACCUGCCUAUGAAAGAGCCAGCGAAGCCUGUCUCACCACUAAGGAUAAUUACAUUCCCCGAAGGAAUAAGCAAACCAAUUUCACCAACGCCAGAAAAAGAAACUAAACCAUUGUUUAAACCUGUACCAACAAAACCAAUACCACCAGCUCUAGUGAUUCCCAAAACUGGUGAUGAGAUCUCUGAACCCAGUGUUUCUCAAGAAGAGAAAAAGGAAGCAGCAGAGACUGCCCCUUCAGUUUCACAAGUUUCCACGCAGAAAACUGAAACGCUCACUGUGCUAACUUUCCCUGAAGGUGUAUCAAAACCAGUCUCCCCAAUGCCACAAAAAACUAAGUUUUCAAGUGAUAUUUUCAAAUCUGGACAACAAACUUCUCCUACUUCUGACUUGAUUAAAACAACCCCUGUAGAAAAACCACCUUCUCCUCCAAAGGAAGCAAUUAAACAACCACUAAUCCCUAGCGAUUUCUUUAAAACUGUACACCCUGGAGAAAAACCACCAUCACUGUUGAGGACCAAAACAACAUCGCCUGCUAAAGAAAUGCUCAAGACUUCAGAGAGCGAUACUACAAAAAUCACCUCACCAGGCCGCACUUCUCCCCUCAAGUCUUUCAAGUUCCCAGAAGGAGUAUCAAAGCCGCUUUCUCCACUGCCACCUAAAACUAAAGUCCCAGAAUCUCUGGCACAAGUUCAGAAAGAGCAGACAGAUUCAUUAAUACCAGUACCUUCGUCCCAAGAAAGACACACCGUCUUCACCUUUUCCCACUUUUCAAAGGCAGGUGAAGCCACGAAAGCUGGAAUGCCAGCAUCACCUACUUUACUAAAGGGUAAACUGUCAGAACCUAUUUCACCAUCACCCAUUAAAAUUAAGCACACAGUUGACUUCCCAUCUGAUGUCUUCCCUUGUACCAAGGCAAGCUCACCUUUGAUCAAGUCUGCAUCUUCCCCAACAAAAGCUCCCAUACCAUCUCCAAAGAUAUGUGCACCCCUGACCCAAGUUACGACCGUAAUAAAAGAUACUUCCCCAUUACCCAAAAUUUCCUCCCCCUUAACAAAAACACCUCCCAUUCUCCCCAAAUCUGAAGAAGUUGCUGUCCCAGAAGAAUCACCAAUCCCUGGACCUCCUAGUCCAAAGAGUGAAACAAAAGUCCCCAAGUCCAUCCUUUCAACAAGACUAAGGAUUUCAACAGAUCCCACCCCUUCUCCUGAGAGGUCACCAAGAACGCCAUCUGAGACUAAAUUUUCACAAACACACUUGACGUAUUCAGAGGUCUCCAAGAGGUUCACCCCCUCACCUAGAUUGCCCGAUGAAAUCUGCAAGGAAAUUACUGCAACGCCACCAAUGACACCGCCGCCAGAGCCUGAGCAACCCUCUUCCACAGAUUCCACACCAAAAGAAAAGUCCACAAAAAUAUCAUCUGCCAUGACUUCCGAGGUUCGAUCGGCCGCGCGAUACUCACGAGGAGAAGCCAAACUGUCCAAAAGCACUCCUCCGUCAUCGGAAGCAAGCUCUGUUACAAAAGACAAAAGUGAAUCCACCUCGGAGAGCAAAGCCGACUCAGUGCCAGAAACCUCAACAGUCCGCCGUCUCCAUGAUCUCCAGAAGACAGAAGAAGAUUCUCAGUCUGCAAAAGAUGGUGUCCAGUCUCCACGAUCUGGGUGUGAUUCACCAUCCAAAAAGCUGAGAAGGCGAAAGAGACGUUGAAUCUCGACAAAUUUCCUUUAAUCGUCUGUCAAACCAAAAGCAAGUCCUCAAACUAUGCAGUUAGAUGGAGAUAAACGGAUUUGAACGUGUUUGCGUAUCUCGAAUCAAUGUACGUGUUAUUGUUUGUUAGUUCUUGAUUAUUAACUCAUUUGAAAACUGACAAUACCGAUCAUAGUUCUACAUACUCCAUAUUUAACUAUACUUCUCUCCUUGGUACUCGUCAGAACUAGACUAAAAUUCAGCUAUAAUUCAGCUUUGCCCUUGAAUAAAGAGUAGUACAGGGGUCUCACGAUGCCAAAGUUCUUAUCAGUUUGCCUUUGCAAUUGUGGUAAGAAAUUUCUUGAUGAAAGUCAAGUUUGAUGCACGAGAGUUUGAGAUGCCUCUGGAUCUCUGAAUCUAUAGAAGCUCAGUCAUAAUUCAAUUUUGUUCUCUGAGUUGCCAUUCGCGAUUUUUAUGUUCUUUUCAGUUGUGGUUGCGUUUUAGACUCCACUCUGUGGCAGUUCCCACAUUACUAGUAAACAUUGUGAUUUUUAUGUGUUGAAUAUUUGAGUUUUUUCUGUGCUUUUACAUUUAUAUAUAUUGUAACUUAGAAAGCAGUUUGGUCUCAAGUGACGUGCAACAAAAACCAAACCUUCUCAUAAAUACUCAAAAGCAUUUUGCUACUUUGCCAAAAAAUCUUUAGUAAUACCCUAGAUGACGGUAAAACUGGUGGCGCACAUAAAGAAUAAGACGUCAUGACUUUCAUUUGUUGUCAGAAGUGACUGACAGAAGCUAACAUUUGUGAAUAGACAUAUACAAAGACCAUAAAAUAGAGAUGGUGUAGCUUUAAACCUUUUCUCUUCUGAAAAACAUGGAGCUUUUUAAAGUAUAUAAAAAAAUACAGGUCAGCCAAAAAUGAACAGUAACAGUUAUCCAUCCAAAAGUCGUACAGUAUUUGUUGACAAUAAAUUCACAGAUUAAGAAUAGUGAAGAUUUGGAUUUCAGCCAGUGACGGGACAAUUUUUUGCGAUGAUUUGAUUUUACAAAUUUACAAAACCUUCAAGCUCUAAUGGUCGUUUUAGUGAACAUAUGACAGGAGAAAUAAUUUCUUUAAAAGAUGGUGAAUAUUACCGAUACAUUACAGAAACUGAACACAUUUUCUUAAGAAUAUAAAAAGUUCAGAUGUUUCAUCCGCACAAUUAUUAAAAUUUACAGGACGAGGAGAGUAGUUUAAUUCAAUCAAUCUUUGUGAACCGUGGACCAUGUAGGCUUAGAAAAGGUGGGCAAUACACGCAAUGGGCAAUAAAUGCAAUCAAGCCCUAGGCAGGAGGCGAUUAUAAUAUCCUGGCUUAAAGUAGGCAUAAUCAGAGUUACAAAAAUCUAGUUUACACAUCUGUAACUGGUAAUCUCGUACCGAGAUGCAGAUCUCAACAUUUGCAGAUUUAAAACAAAUCAUUGUUAAAACAGAGGACAAUGGAAACUGUAAUAAAGGCCCAAAAUAUUUCCAGUGAAACCCAAAAAUAUAGGAUUAAUCCAAAGAAAGUUUGCUUACUUUAUUCCAGUUAAAGUAAGACAAAACUUCAAGCUAGCAACUGGGAACUUCAACUUCAGAAUGAUGUUCUUCAAAUAGGUUAGUUUAAUAACUAAGAACAAGAAGAUAUGUGCAGAGAUGGAAGAAUGAAUGAUGCUAAUGAGUGUGUCUGAAUGAGAUAAGCAAGAGAAUAGGUUAAGGAUAGUUAUCUCAAAAUAAGAGAAAACAAAAUACCUCUCUUUACUAAAUAUUUCAUUCAAAAUAGGUUGAAACGUUUGCCGUUGAAUUUUCUAUUUUACUUAAAACUGCGGAACAAAUUUUACACGUCAAUAGGAUACGUUAUAAUGUAUUAUAAUGUAACAAAAGUUUUUUUACUAAAAUUGACAAAUGAUAAUCGAAAUUUAUUGAAAAUUUUAAUAAGAGCAACAAAGAAGUUUGUUAGACAGUGAAGAGCAAAUGCAUUAAAUGUGAGAGUGUUCUUCUGCAAACACAUGUGAUAUUGGAAA